GUGUAAAACUACGUUUAUGGAUGGGCGGCCUCUGCACGAAGAAAGAAAAAAGUGCCCCGGAACUUCCGGAGGAGGUCGAUCUCUCCCACUUCCAAAUCCUCCGAUCAAUCGGAAGGGGCGCAUUCGGAAAAGUCUGUAUCGUGAAGAAAAUCGAUACGGACAAAUUUUACGCCAUGAAAUACAUGAACAAAAAAGCUUGUCUGCAAAAUAAAGCGGUUGAGUAUGUGUUAAAAGAACAACAGAUUCUUAUGGCGUUAACUCAUACUUUCUUAUGCAAUUUAUGGUACACAUUUCAAGACCAAGAAGACAUGUUUAUGGUCAGCGAGCUGUUCCGAGGUGGUGAUUUAAGAUUUCAUAUUGACUCAAAAUCGACUGUUUUUGACAAACAUACGUUGAAAAUUUACGCUUUGGAAAUUGGUCUCGCGUUGGAUUAUUUGAAAUCAAAAGGGGUGGUUCAUCGAGACAUUAAGCCAGAUAACAUUCUUCUGGACGAAAACGGACAUCUGGCGCUGACAGACUUCAAUGUGGCAGCUAUUUGCACUUCGGAGAAACGACUUACAAAUUUAGCAGGGACGAAGCACUACAUGGCACCCGAGUUACUAGAGACGGCCACUCGGAAGUCGAAGAGCUACUCGUUCGAAGUGGACUGGUGGUCCACAGCCGUCACCCUCUACGAGACAUUCAGACGCCGACUGCCAUACGAGAUCCCAAACAACGGAUGUUUUCACGACCCCCCUGACUGGGACCCCGAUUUCGUGGAAGUGCUGAGGUCCAUGCUGGAUGUUAACCCGAAACACAGAGUGAGCAGCUGCGACGAACUGAACAGAAUGAAGUUCUUCGGGGGUAUGAAGAAAGAAGAAGUGCUGAACAAACUUAAAAAGCGACUGAAAGAAAUGGAAGAGAGGAAGAGCUUUGACGCCUAA